AUCUCAAUUCAUGACGUUUGAGUUAUGUCAAUGGAAAUACCCGUAACAAUCUAUAACACACUACUUUCGAUUUCGCUGUAGUUUAUAUAUAUUGUCAAGUUACACUGAAGUCAAUGAAAGGCUGGAAAAAUGGAAAACGAUCCAGAUACGAUAAACUGGGCGGUCGGUUGUCUGACGCGAAGGCCAGGAUUACCUCGGCAAACAGGAACAAAAAACAAGGUACGUGUUCCCAGUUCGAAACUCAAUCUUCGUGCUUGGAGAGUUUGUAUUAAUGUGGAUCCACCGAAGCGGUCAGACAACAGACGGGGUCAACAUCUUGUGACAAACUUGCUGAUUCCAGACCAUUUCCUAGCAUUGUCUAUCCGGUUAUCGGAUCUGCUUGAUGAGAUUGGAGCCGGAAAAUGCACUGCAAUGGAGCGGAGAGACACAUAUUUGCGAAGAGAGCGUAUGAGUACGAUAGUAGGGUCACUUGUGGGAAGAGAUAGUGAAGAUUUUCAUUUCGGGAGCCAAUCUGAAGGCACCACCACUCCCGGUCUCAAUUCUGAUAUCGAUUUGCUAUCUAGUACCAAAGUUAUGAACAUUAUGACAGACUUGAGAGACUGGGAGGCUGGGAUGGAGAAUCUUCUGAUGCUUCGUGACGACAUCACUCCACCUCAACAGUACUUGCUACAGGUCAUAUACAAAUACACACCGGAACCGGUGACUAGUAUUUCCGAUGACAGGUUUGUAAGGAAAGAUUCCGGACAAAUACUGUUAAGCUCAGAAAGAUGGAAAAAUUAUGUAGAGCAGAGAGCAGCGGCAGCACAUGCAGGAGAGGUAACCCAAAAUGGCCCUUCUGUGAGUAAUAUUCCCAACUGGGAUAUUGUAUCGGCAUUUCAUGUCUGCAAACCUAUUCCUGAAAUACAGCACUGGAUAGACAGAUGUAGAGGUAGACAUUGGCCGCCUGCCAAAUUACUGGAGGCUGCACAACGAUCUCCGUCUUUCCUGGUGCCUGCAGGACAUCCAGACAGUGAUUACAAGCGCGAAGAAUGGCGCCUGUCUCCGAACCUAAUUGAACGAAUGUUGAUGUUUAGUUUUAAUAUGACACAAAUUAAAUGUUACAUUAGUCUAAAAAUAAUUAAAAAAGCCUUACUUAAUAAAAUAGUUGGGGAUUUUAUCACAAGUUUUCAUUGUAAAACUUUAAUGUUCUACACAAUAGAGCGAACACACCCUUCUCUGUGGAAGACACAUAACCUCGUCUUUCUACUCUUGCUAUGUUUACAAGUAUUAAGAAAAUGGCUGCGAUUGGGAUGCUUACCUCAUUAUAUCAUAGAAGGAGUCAACUUGUUUGAUGGGAAACUUUCUAUUGUGCAACAGAGACGUAUUUUACAGUACGUGAAUUACUUGAUAAAGAAUGACUUGCACGAUUUAUUUCAUAUAGAUAUAGAUAACUUAGGAUGUCGGUUACAAGCGUGUGGUAUACGGAGGAUCGAACGAGGUGGAGAGGGAGAACUGAGACCUGUAUGGUUACGUUACGGUAUCAGUUUAUUUUUGAAGUUCGAGUACUUGAACAUAUUUAUCAUGCAGUUUUUAAAGAUAAUAUAUCUGAUACAGAGAUCGAAUACAAACUUCCAGCAAGGUAUUCAAUAUAAAUUACGAGCUGUUGUUGAAAACUCAACGAAUGGCAAAUUGACAACCGUUGCUUUCGACUUAAUAUAUCACCUGUUUGCAUUACUCAAUUCAGUGCAGUUAUCAACGAGUUCGCGACUACCGAAUCCUGGUUUUAUCGAAAUAAUACGCCGCUUCCGAUAUUCUUUAAAAACGGAUGUCGUUUCUAGCCGCUUAAAGUUGGCGUCUGUGCUAUACUGCUUUGGACAUCUUCACGCGGCGAUUAGAGUGUUAGAGGACGUGGAAAAGAAAGAUCACAUCAAGGUCAAGGCUGUGUGUGCAAAUAUAUAUAUAGAAGGAAACAGUGAUCUCCAGGUAUUUGCUAACAUGAUGUCAGAUAGUUGUGACAACAUUCACAGUGAACCAUCAUUCGCAUUCUGUGUCAGGUUUAUUAGACAAGAAGCGCACUGUGCCCCGUACAUAUUUUGGUUUGAAAUGAAUCGUAGUAUGACUGAGGAGGAAGUAGCACAGAGAACUACCACUGAAAAGAGAUGGAUGGACAACGCUGAGGUGGAUGCUCGUCCUUUCCUUUACUAUCUACAGUAUCUCACAUAUGGAGGGCUUGGUGAACGCAACAAACAGCUUCAUGCAUGUGAAAUACUCGAGUCUUAUAUACUUAAUCCAAGAAAUUUAAUCAAUAUUUAUCACUUGGAGACAGCGCUCAAUUUGAUUGGUCACUGCUAUGAAAUGGAAGGCGACUAUCAAAGUGCGUUAGAUUUCUACGAGACAUCGUUGCUUUUUGAGAAUACGAACAAUGCUGCUAAUUGGCACAUACAGCGUUUGCAGCGCAUAAUAAGUAACUUAGAAUGAAUUCUAAAACAUUGAUAUAUGCCAAAUGAAAGCAAGACAUAUGUAUUGAGAUGCACACUGUUUUAUCAGUUAUUUCUUUCAGUUUAUUUUUUAAGUAUAUGUAAAAUUAGGGAGCUCAUUUAACAUGCAAAUAUGAAGUUCAUGAUUAUUGUAAAGUAUUUAAAGUAAAGUAUUACAAUUAUACACUAUACACGUUAUAAUGUUUAGUUUGAAUUACAAUAUGAAUUUAAUAUUUGUUGAUGUUGAUAAAGACAAUUUUAAGUUAGUGAAUAUUAAGUUAUUUAGAAAG